GCAACUGAACUGCUGAAGAGGGGUAAAAGGCUGAAGUAAAACGUUCGGAAAGAUAGUGUUUGGGUCUAUUACACUUGUUUUCCAAAAUUAUCCUUCACGUUCACACCUUCGUUCUUCUCUGGUUUGUCCCUUCAUUGCGUAACUAUUGGUAAUAGGACCAGCUUGAAAUAUUCCAACCUCUAUAAUACUACUGAUGUUUUACUCCAUGACGCUAGCUGUCAAAAAUCUAAUUCUUCGACCAUGGGUUAUUCAUGAUUCGGGUGCAUUCAUAAUGUUUACUCCCUCUAUCGUUUGAGCUUAUUGUAAUUUUGGAGCACGUCAUAUCUCAAGCAAAUCUGAAGGAUAAGGCCACCUACACUCCCUAUGGGCCGAUAUCAAACUUGGAGCUCACACCUCAAAGCUUCUUUUCAGGUCCAGCAACCGUGAUAGACCCAAAAAAGCUAAGUGUCCAAAAAUCAUUUAUAUUUGAUACAUCAAAACAAAAAAACAUAAAAAAAUCAUAAAUUGAAACAUUUGAAAAGUAUUUUAAGUGGUUUAAUUGCUUUUACUCUUGUCAAUUGUGUGUAAUUUUAACAUUGAAAAACGGAAUUAUGAAAUCCAAUCACUCACGUACGCCAGACGAGCACACACACAUGCGUCACCGGGUCACGUCAUAUGAGUGUGACGAUUAAUAAGCUCCAAUAUAAAUGUUAAUACCACACACUUUUGACUUCAUACGAGUUCUUGUGUGCUCUUACCUCUUUUUAGUGCAUCACACUCCGACCUCGGGGGAUGAGUCACCCGUUCAAAAGUUUUUACUUGCGGGUUCGAACUACUAACCUCGGGCGGCGAGUUAAACUCUUGUUAGGGGCCUAGAGCCACGCUCUUCCGAGCAAUUUUUUCACUUAAUUGACAUUCACAUUUCCCGAAAAGGUUGAUAUACUUUAGUUCUGUGGGGUUGGAUUAUCCGUUCAAUGGUGACUCCGAGUCACUUAAACUCGCGGAUUCAAUAUUCCUUUCAGAGACGGGGUUGAGGCCUAACUUGGGAACUUGAUGUCACUCUUCUCGGGUAGUGAGUCUGACUCACUUACUCACUGAGUCGUGGUUCAGCACCGGGUCAGAUGCUCUAUUCUACAUUUGUUGCUUUUAUGUGUAGGUACGACUGAACGAAGAUGAGCCUGAUGCGUUCGAGCUCGAUGAGAAGAAUGGUUCUAGCCAUCCUUUUUGUUGAUGGUGACCAUUGCAAUAAAGGCUGAAGAUUUCACCCUUUGCUUCAUCUUGGGGGCAUCAGGUGUACUCUUUUUCCCUUCAUUAGAAUUUUUUCCCAUUGGGUUUUUUCCUAAUGAAUAUUUUUAAUGAGGCAUCUCCCCAACAUGGACAAGGGCAGAUAUCUUCCAGUCUUGAACUACUCCCUCUUAGUCGAGUCUACUACUAGGCCCAAAGCCUAACCGGCCCAAGCCCCGAGUUUGGACCGUGGGUCCCGGGCCCAUAACCUGGAUCCUACCUACCAGCGCAGGCGGGAGCCUGCCAGCUCGACCGACCUGCCAAUCGUGAAAAGUAACGGUCAAGCAAUUAAUGCGAUGUUUAAUUAUGUAUUUAAUUUCAUAUUAAUGUUGUAAUUAAUUAGUCAUUAUUAUUGAUAGCGGUUACGAUCUGUAAACGCCUAUAAAAGGCAAGUCAUAUUCCAAAUACUAGACCAGCUAUUUCUGGCAACUAAACUUCUCUAGCAACUUUCCAUUCUCGUAUUAUUUUCUUGAUUCUUGCUUGAGUGUCUAUCGUAGCUUUCCUAAAAGCCUACGAGCGUCCUAUUUUGGACCAACACCAUCCCUUGCCAUUGGUCCUUCCAAACCAUUCCAUUCCAUUGUUUCCAAAUGCUCCAUAAUAUUGAGAAAAACUUGCGUUGGGUUUCGUCACUGGACACCACGAGCUGUUGUCGAAGGCAUUCCCACAACGUAUUGGAGGUCUGAACAACCCCAACCCCUGCCUACUACCAACCAAGGGAGGAUCUAGCAUUUGCGUUGAGGUGGGGCCAAAUUUUAAUUAGCGAGACGUAAUUUAUUUUGCAAAAAAUGUUAAAAUUACAAGAUUUAGUUAUAUAAUUUUACAGAAGUGUCAAAGAAAAAAUAAUAAAUAUUACAAAACCGAAAAUGUAAUUAUCUUAAAAGAGCCAUAGAUAUCUAACCGAAAUUGGCUUGUGUCAGUUAAUGACGCGUUCAAUACCAAUUUUCAAAUUGAUUUCUCGAAAAUCAAUUUUCUUUUGACUCCAUAGUCUAUGCUCUAUGUAAAAAAGUAAACUAAUUAAAUUUCACCUACUAAGCAGAAUGAAUUGAACUUCUUAACUUUUCAAAUCAGUAUUCAAUUGCCCAAUGAUGUGAACUAAUUAAUUUUGUAGACUAAUAUUCGAAAUUCUAAUGAAUCGAAUUAAUUAAUUUUUCAAGCUAAUAUUCAAAAGCCAAAUGAUUUGAACUAUAUAUAUUUUGCAGACCAAUUGCCAAAACCCCAACAAUUUGGACAGUGUAUCAAAAAAUUUACUCAUGUUGCAUUGAAAAAUUAUAAAUAUGGUGCCCAGGGGACUCAAACCUGACUCCUUUUAUUGCAUAAUUAGUGUGCUUCCAUUGGACAAACUUGACUAAUGUUAACAAGUUGACAUUAGCUUUUUUAUAUCAUAACUACUAAAACACUAUAUAUUAAUAUAUACAUAAUAUAUACAUACAAAUAAUUAUAUAUUUUUUAGCAUGGGCCUAGGCCCACCCUGGCCAUGGGCCAGAUCCGCCCCUGCUACCAACCAUCUCUUACCCAGGCGCAUGAACGGACCGCAUGCUCUAGCGACCCCUCUGUCACACCGCAGACCUUGCACCCUCCUUGCACCAGGCCAUUACCCCUUUCCUUUCCACAUUUUCCAUUGUAUGUGACGAGCCAUCAAGAACCUGCCAUGCAAAAUAUUUAAAUUUGGAAGAACACAAAUUUCUUAGAGACGUGACCAAGUACUCCACCCCCUAUAGACAACCUGCAUGUAAUCAACAUACAUAAACAUUUAACUGAAAACGAUCCACUUUUUUCUCCCAUCCAUCAAUUGCCAUCAUUCAUGUCCUGUUAGCUGAUGGGUAUGCUUAGAACUAUCCUCAAUAUUGAAGGUGGACAAAAUCUUUUCUUUGUUCCGAUUCUUCCCUAAUCAUAAAGGGCAGCCACAUUCAUAUCUUUAACGCCAUGUGGUUUUCCUGAUUGAAUUCUCCUUGAUCCUUCUCCAGGAAGCCAAGUGUAUGUUGUCACGCCCCAUACCGCAUUUAAGCGUGUGUACGACCGUAGCACAAUCAAGUGACGUCGCCCUAGAGUCACACUCACUCGAUUAUACAAGGCGUCCAUGAACAUUGUUCACACCAUACUCAAUAAGUAAACAUACAUAACGACAUCACAACAUAGAUUGAAUGAAUAGCAAAAAUAUUCAAUAGUCAAUCAUGGGCCACAUUGUUCACAUCAUAACUAGGAUAAUUAUCUCAACAAUCAACCCCCAAUUCACUUUUGAUAACCAUCAUUGCUUUGUGCUCCUCCAAUGUAAGCAUUUAGGAAUCCAAAGACUACAUUUAGCUUUUUGGACACCUAAAACAUUUAGAUUACAAAUCGUCUAAAGAAAAGAAAGGCGAUGAAAUUUCACGGAGGAAGAAGCAAAAAGAAAAAAAUAUAACACAACUAAAAGUCAAAAUUGGGUGAAAUUUUCGGGGCAUUAGUCCCACGAAAAUAGCAAAUAAAAAUGAGUCAGAUGGUGUAUAAGAAUGUUAUUACUUGGACUAAAAUUUGCUAAUCUGAUUUGGUAUGAAAUGAUCUGGUCUGGUCUCGUAAAUAUCUAGUCUCUAAUGUGUAUAUUUUAUAAUUGUCCAAAUAUGGUCUGACCUGGUCUAGUCUGACCUGGUCUGGUCUGAUCUUAUCUGCGACUGAAAACAGUCCAAAUAAAAACAUCCUAAUACUAUGUACUACGUAUAAAAGAAGAUCACAUUAAGUUAGAUGAGUAAACUAUAAUUUAAAUGAACAUGUUCUAAUUGUGCCAACACUAUUAAAAAACACGUGAUUGACAUAGAUUUUUGACAAAGACUCAAUAAAAUCAUAAAGACCUAGCAGAGAUACGUUAAAUUUGUGCCAAAAAUAUUUUGGCACGAGCUAUUUUGUAAUGCAAAUAUAUUAUAUACAGAGUAUAUAUUACGUGAAAUAGAAAUAAAUUUUCCAAUUUAAAAUAUUUGAACCAUACGUCGCUUUCUAAACACGUGAACUUGGCGUUUUUCUGGUAAGCUAAGCUUAGACUUUAACAGUUAUUCAAAGUGAUUAGCACACGUUUAUAUUUUACGCAUUAGUAACAACAGAUCAGAGUGUGGAUGCAACAAAGAAAUAAGUAAUACGUAUUUCAUUUGCAUACCUUAUGCGUGAACAUGUAACUACCAAUUCUUUUCAAAGCAAUUGUUCCCAAUACGAGUAAAAUAUACUGUAACACAUUUGCCUAAAUAGGAGUUAACUCCUAAUAUUCCCCAAAUAAGAGUAAACAUUAAUUUUUUUUACCCCUAAUACCCCUAUUUUAAAUCAUUAUUUCCACCCCUAGUUCCCUUGGGCAACCAGGGCAGUCCGUUGGUGGCGGGGGGCAGUCCGGUGGUGGCAGUGGCGGCCGGCGGUUGCAGUGGCGGCCGGCGGUGGAGCUCCCGCCGACCGGCGGAAACCCCUAUUCUAAUUGAUUAUUGCCCCUUCUAGUUCCCUUGGGCAACCAGGGCAGUCCGUCGGUGGUGGGGCAGGGCAUUGGUAGCGGGGGCAGUCCGGUGGUGGCGGUGGCAAACGGUGGUCGGCUGCGGCGGAGCUCCAGCGACUGUGACGGUGGCAAGAAGAAUGGGGAGAAGUACUAUAUUUUUUUACCUCGCCGGAGCUCCUGCCACCGUCAAACUCUGGCAGUCGGCGGUACUGUAGCAGCAGGCAGAAGCAAUGGCAGAUGCAUCCUUUCCCAUUUAGAAAAAAUACUCCUAUUUUGGAAAUUUAAAAACUCUACUCAUAUUUUUGCGCAACUCAUAUGUUAUACUUAUCUUUUGGUAAUUGUUUCUUCUUUUCAUAACCCUCAGAGUUCUCCCUAAAUGCUAUCGUAUAAUAAUUCUUCCUAAUUAAACCUUAAGGUGAAAUUUUGGAACAAUUAAUUUGGGACAAUUAUAGAGGAUCAAAUCAAUCAUUUUUGGGAAUUAACCGUCAAAAUGAGGAGGGCUCCUCCUCUCUAGUGGAGAAUGUUUUAACCUACCCGCACGAGUAGCUCAGUUGGUCGAGUUGUGGGAAAUUUAGAUCAAUGGACCAAGGUUCGAAUCCCCGCAACGACGGGGUGGAGGUUACACAACCUGAAAUAAGGCUGUGCCUCUGGCGCGCACGGGUGCAGGCCUACUGCCAUUUUGCUGACUGAGUCACCGUGACUUACUCCUUCAUCAUCCUGUCGGGUCGGGUGUGGGGGCUCCUGGGGUUGGAGAUUCCACCUUUUUUGGAUCAAGAGAAUGUUUUACUAAAGGGUGAUUCUAUAUACAACCCUCUGUUUUUUCUUUCCACAGCCCCGAGUAAAUUUAGUUGAUCUUUUUGCCCGUGUAUCUUUAAUUCAUACAGCCCUGUAUAUUUUGUCGUUCUGCAAUUAUGCAGCUGUAGGCAUCUUUGCAUCUCGAAUCACAAUAGUGGUGUAAAUGACCACCUGGUCAUUUGAAUUGAUUUACUUAUUGAAAUCAAAUUCAAGUUCAUACUUCAUUCAUAUAAUUUAUACAGUACUCCCUAUUGAUUUGGGUCCUUCUCCCAUAGUCUCAUCAUGACUUUUUAUAUAAAAUGUCAAACAUAGCUUUCUUUUAUGGCAAAGCAAAUUGUUUUGAGUAGUCUAAAGCUUACAAUCCCAAUUCUAGUUCAUAGAUGCGAGUCCACCCACAAGAGAUACGAAUUUUGAUUAUAUUUCAUAGAUAAAAUCUUUAGACAACUUAAAAACAAAGGAUUGAAGGCUUUCACCUUGGUAAAGUACCAACAGCAAGAUGUGGGAUGGGGACAAGCUGUCGGAGCUCCAAACAACAGCCAGAUCCUCGUCCGGCCAACUUUGGUUCACCAUGGCUACAACUCUGUGGGUCUACCAAGAAAAGUCUUGAUCUCGAGUCUCGCCGCAUGGCUAGCCUAGGAAAGUAACCCCCACCAACACCCCUAGGCGGCAGAGAGAAGCCGACGACUGUGGAAGAGUAACCUCAAGAAGACCACCGUCUUGGGUCGCCAGAGCGACCCCGGCCAGGCCAAACUGAGAAAAUGGAAGAGAGAAGACCAUAUGUGAAACACUUAAAAUGGAAGAGAGGAGGUCCAUGCCAAACCGUGUGUGUGAACAAGAGAUGCGAAUUUCAUUCCUACUUCACAUAAAUGGAAAGAUAUUCUUCAAAUGUCCAUUGAUCUUGUUGGGGAUUGAGUAGCCAGUGCCUCUUCAAUUGAAUGUGAUUAGAAGUUACGUAAUGGGCAUAUUAGGUAUUGCAAAUGAUGGGGUGCCAAUAGAAUUCCCCUUUACUAAAAAGUGAUACUCCCUCCGUUCCAAAUUGUUUUGCAAAGUCAAUUUUUUUUGUCAACCAAUAAUAAAAGUCAAUCCUCUCUAUCGAUAAUUAACUCAAUUUUUUAUAAUUAAAAUUUACAUAUUCAGAAACUACAUUAAAAUCUCUUCAAAAUUGCAAACUCCAAAUUAGAAUAUAAUUAAAAAUUGACAUCCUAAUUAAGCAAAUAAAAUGAAACUGUUGGACCAAGAAAAGUCAAAUUUGCAAAUCAAUUUGAGACGCAGGUAGUAAUAAUUACUCCUUCACCUACUUUAUUGGAUACUUGGAUCAAGCCAAGCACUCGACAUAAAAUAUUGGGAUAGGCAAAAAAAUAUUCCAUAGACUAUUUGUUUCAAUACAUUUUACUCACAAAAUAAAUUUUGUACCAUUUUCUUCUGCAGUUGAAACUGGUCUCCUAACUAUACUUAUGUGUGGCUUUUAGGGCUAGCUUAGAUGGUUGGAUAAAGGGGUGUAGACCACUGGUAGGCUUGGAUGGAUGCUUUUUAAAGGGGGGAUAUAGAGGAGUGUUCUAGCAUAGCAUGAAUGAGAAUAAUGGCAUGUUUCCCUUGGCAGUGUUCAUUUGCAGGAAAGAAGAUGGUGAAAACUGGGAUAAGUUUCUGGAAUUAAUAUCUCCUGAGCUCAAAAAACAUUCUUUGUCGCUCACAGUGAUAUCGGAUAGAGCUCAAGCCAUCAUUAGAAGUAUUGAGACACAUUUAGAAGGGUGCAAUCCAAGGAGUUGUUUCAGGCAUAUCUUCAAAAAAUAUGAGCAAAUGGUGGAAAGGGAAUCACAUCAAGCAACUAGCAUGGGCUACUGCGGCAUACAAAAAAAGUCCAUUUUGAAAGAAAUCUUGUGAAUUUGGAGAAUGCAGCAGUUGGGAUCGGACUAAGGAUUACUUGAUGGAAAUAGGUCCACAUUUGUGGUCAAGGGCCCAAUUUGAUACUAUCUGUAAACUUAAAGUGAUCAUUUGACCAAUAACUUUGCCAAAAGCUAAAACAGUUUUAUAUUAAGUGAAAGGGAGAAAUCUGUAUGCUCUAUGAUAAUAAGGAUGUCAUUUCUGAUGAUGAAAAUUAUGUAUGAUAGGAAAUUAGAAAGUAGCACUUGGGAUGAAAGUGGUGUGGUUCCUAGAGUUGCUAAGACCUUAGCACUUUAUAAGGAGAAGCAAAGUGAUUUUGUCACUCACCCUUUGGGUGAAGGGACAUUCAGUGUAAGAAAGUUUAUUGGACAACAUUGGACUCUUAACUUAAACCAUCAUGAAUGUGACUGUUGUGAAUGGCAGGUGACACGAAUACCGUGUGUACAUACCGUGCACUUGAUUAGCCACUUGAGACUGCCACUUGCUCAGUAUGUUGCUAGGUUUUUAAGCUUAUAUAUGGAUUCCUUGAGUUAGAAUAUUUUAUAUUUUACUAACUUUUAUUCUUAUUACUCAUGCAUAUAGAUUUUGCAGUCCAUUUCUAAGUGUUAAGGCUUACAAAUCAUCUUAUGAAUCCAAUAUCAAACCAAUUUCACAUGAAACUGAUUGGCCAGAGGGGAUUGAAUUUUUGUUGCCACCUACACUUUCAAGGGCACCUGGAAGGCCUAAACACAAAAGGAUUAAAGGGCAUGAUGAGAAUGAAACUCAACCCAAGAAUAUGAAAAAGUGUUGUAAAUGUCUUUCUUUUGGCCACAACAAGAGAUCUUGCCAAGGGGGUCCAAUUAAAGGAGGCGCCAAUACUAGUAGUGCUGUUAGAGGUGCUGGAAAGGCUUCUGGAAGAGGAGUAGGAAAGGUUAUUGGAAGAGGUGUUGGAAGGGGAGCUGGAAAAGGGCGUGAACGAGUGGUUAGAAAGGGGGGCUGGAAGGGCAAUCAAAAGAGGAAGGGCUGCUUCAUAAAACACAACUGCACACUAUUUUUGUCAUGCAGUUUUCUGUCAUGCUACAAUCAGUCUGGUACAUGCAGUUUAUUAAAACACAGCUGCACUUUUUUUGCUCACUGUAAAGAUGUCUUAUUUUUGCUACAAGUAUUGUAGUUGCUCAUUGUAAACUCUUCACUUGGAGCUCACUAUAUUUUGCUAGAAUUAGACGAAGCACUGUUUUUUUGCUAGAAUUAUAGAUAUGGAUAACAAGAUGAUUGUAGUUGCAGAGAUUUUCUGAAUCUAUAAUGAUAUAUCAUUAUUCUAUCAAGUAUCAUAUUAUUAUAUUGAAAGUGAUGAUUCAGAUCUUCAA